CCGUGGUACGAAAAGCAAGGACUGGCGGCACCACGGACGCCAUCAUGAUGCCGCGCCAGCUCCUUCGGAGAGCAAAUCGCCUUGCGACGCAACCGACUUGGAGCCGCUCUGCACAACCAUCCGUCUGCAUCGCUCACUACAGCGAAUUGGUGUUCAACCCUGUUUCGUUGCAACGCCACGCCCCCAAAGAAACAACGCUAAGUCCUCAAGCCACGCCGAAGCCACCAGCCAAAUUUGAAUCCGAUCGAGUCCUGGUGAAUGAGGAAACACCAUCGAUCAUGGAACAUUUCAGAAAGAAGGAGUACGAACAAGUUGUGAAGGCUGUGGGCGACUUGAUCGUGAAGAAUGACCCCAUCAACGACAUUACGUGGGGGAAGUACUUGCAGGCCAUGAACCACUUGUGUCAAUUCGAAGAUGUUCUUACGCGGUUCAAAGUUCUCUUGGCAGAGUAUGGUGCGUCCAUGUGGCGCUAUGAUCGCAUGGACCUCGUCCAUUCGGCCAUCUUUGCGGCCAAGGCACUGCGACGAGGCGACCUGGCGCUCAUGAUCGUCCAAGAAUCACGCCGCCAUGGCGCCAUGUACUUGCAAUGCAGACACUACUUUGACGCGAUGUGGGCCAACUCGAUAGUGCUUAUUCCGGGCAAGGGCUACUCCGACCUGCCUCGAUACAAACCAGCACCCCUCCAGAAUGCACUUGCCAUCGCUCGUCUGGCUGCCGAAGACGGCUACAUCAUGCCACCCCAUGCAUGGUUUGAGCUGACCAAAGCAAGCAUCCACUAUAACCACCCGUCCGAGGACAUCCUGGCGCUGACAGCCAUGCUAGCCAAGCACACACCGACAAUGCUCCCGAACGCCAAGACGCUCUUCCGCGCCUUGUCGGCCCCCAUGCACGCGCGGCGUCACGAGUUGUCUGUCCAAAUGUUCCGCCUAUGGGUGCCGCACUUGCCACGAUACUCUGCUGAGGAUGCGUCCCGGCUGUGCGAAGUUGUAUUGAAGCCGUUGUGUCGGCUUGGAAUGGCACCAAAGGCGCUGUUGCGCUCCCAUGCGCAGGGGACAACUUCGGAUCCAGUGCUGUCGCAAGCCGCAUGCCUGGCGAUGGUAAGUGAAAUCGUCGACACGAUGGUUCGGAACAAAAUUCGCAUGCGGUCGCAUGUCCUGCGCGAGUUCUACCUUCCGCUCGUGGUGCCGUCGUUGUCGGCACCGCUCUUCCUCGCGCACGUCAAGUCGAGCAGUCCAUAUACGCUUGAGCUCAAUGCAUAUGUGCUGCACGUGGCGCUGCGCGAGUAUGUUGUGCGGGGACAGGUCGACAGCGUCAACGUGCUACUUCAAACAGCCCUGACACACGACAUCGAAGUCACUUGGUCCACGAUCGACUUGAUCUUGGCCAUGUUUACUCGAGUUGGCGCCUACUACGAUACGACAGCGCUCGUCGAGACCAUUCUCGGCGACGAUGAUGACAUCGCCGAUGACGUCGGAUCAAGCAAUACCGGUGAUACUGCGGUGAAGGAUACGUUAACCGAAGAUGCCGUGCCAGACUUUGUGUACAGGCAGGCCAUGCAUGCCUACAUGGAAUCGUAUCGGUACGAGGCUGCCGAUGCAUUUUACAAGCGCCAUCUUGGAAAACGCCACGACGAGUUCGCCAAGUCGAUGGCGCUAGUGGCCGCUGCCGCACGACGGCUGCAGGAGCGAGUGGUCGACGCUUCUGCGAUACCUGUCGCGCCUCCCACCAACCUUUUCACAUCAAAACCUGCCCAAGCAUGAUGGCCACAACGAUGCGCACGUUUAAGCUAGAGAACAUACCAAAUACCCUGUGAAACUACUUCUUAUGGUACAAAUACAAUGGCACGUUGUCGAACGGU